AUGGAGACUGACGCGCCGUUGGGUGCAGCAGAAGCAGCAGAAGGAGAAGACGCAGCAGCAGAAGGAGCGCAGCAGGAGGCUGCUGCAGCAGCAGACGCAGCAGCAGACGCAGCAGCAGCAGACGCAGCAGCAGCAGACGCAGCAGCAGCAGACGCAGCAGCAGCAGAAGACGCAGCAGCAGCAGAAGCAAUGAACGGCAGCAACUCGCCAGCAGCAGCGGAAACGCUGGACGGAGAAGCUGCCGACGCAGCAGCAGCAGCAGCAGCAGAAGACGCAGCAGCAGCAGCAGCAGCAGAAGACGCAGCAGCAGCAGCAGCAGCAGCAGCAGAAGAUGGAAUGAUGGAAGAAAAAGAAGAAGUCAGGGGGGCCCCCCGAGUUGUGGACACUUCCAUUCUGGAGACGUGCUGUCGAGACACCGCGGGGGCCCCCUGGAGCUUCGAGGAGGCGCUGAAGUUGUUUGUGUUUUGUCUUUUGUCUUUCGGAAGCAAAACACAAACUCAUUUAAAUAGAAUUCUUUCGAAUUAUUUGCAAACUUUUGUUUGUUUUGCAACUCAAAGUGAAGUGGACAUACACCCCGCGGUGCUGCAGGCCGUCCGGAAGUUCUGGAGCACUUCGCAGCAGCGGACUGCCCUCACUUUGCAUGCAUUUCUGAAAACUGGAAUUCUGCAAAGAAUUCGAGUGCUCCAGGAGUUGUGCGGGGAGGACGCAGACACCCGCGACUCCUGGGGGCAGCUCGAGUUGGUCGAAACAGUUCUCAGAGGCGCGCUGGACGCGUGCGAAAAUGCGAGAGAAGAAGCUGCAGCAGCAUCGGCGCCAAUGCCAACCGACACAGAAGCAGAACAGUUGCUGCACUUUUUGAUGGUCCAUUUAAUUGAAGAUCUAAUAAAGGAAACUUCGCCUGCGCGAAGUCGCUUUCUGUUUCUGCGCUGCAUCUUCUUCGGACGCAAAUAUGCAGAAUUUAUUAAUUUGAAAAAACUGAAAGAAGAGGUGGAGAUGGUGAUGAGCGGCACCGAAGAUCGGCGCGUUUCGAAUUUGCUGAUAGUAAUUGGACAAGUGCAGAAGCAUUACUGCAGCACUAGCAAAGAGUGGCAAAUGAAAAGUCCAGAAAGUUGA